UCCCUGCUGACCUCACCGCUUUGGGCGCUUAUAAGCAGCGGCCACUCCAAGGAGCUUGCAGCCUGGUCCUGCAGCUCUCUCCUAGGCUACUGGACCCAGAACUCUCGGAUCCGGAGCCACCCCAGCCAGGUAACCCGCUUGGAGCAUCUCUCUCCGCAGACGCUGCCAUGCUCGGCCUCUGGAUGAUGAUCACCUUGGCUCUGACCCUGGUCAGCAUCCCUGGCCACGCACAGCCAGACGUUGCCCAGCAAGACUCCCCUUCUGCCGAGUCUCCAAGUCUGGAUGAUCUCUUGCGCCAGGCACAACGCUUCCUCCUCCUCCGGGAAGACCUCCUGCAGCUGCAUGCUGCAAACCAGCAUGAUGGUGAAUCCGAGCUCCAGGUCUUUUCCCCCAGCUGGGUCUCCAAACGGCAGCACCCAGGUAAAAGGAAUGAGGAGGAAGAGGAGCAAGAGCAAGAAGUAGCAGAAGCAGAGGAGGAAGAAAGAGGGACUGUAGGACCCUACAAGCGCCAGCACCCUGGCCGUCGAGACGAUGUGGCCCUGGGGUCUCUGGGUGCCCCCCAGCAGAAGCGGCAGCACCCUGGCAGGCGAUCGUCCUGGCUCCCAAGCAUUUUCACCAAAAGGCAGCACCCAGGCCGAAGGCUGGUGGAUCUCCAGGCCCAAGAAGGGGAUGAGAAGGAAGAGGGGGCCUGGGAGGAAGAAGAAGAGGAGGAGGAGGAGGGGGAGCUGAUGCCCGAGAAACGCCAGCACCCUGGCAAGAGGGCCCUGGGCAACUGGUGUGGACCCUGGCGAACCUGUGGGCAAGCCAGCCUCUUGCUGGGGAUCCUUGAGGAUCUGAGCAGGGACCAGGGUGCUGAGAACAAACGGCAGCACCCUGGUCGGAGAGCAGCCUGGAUGGGGGAGUCCCUGGAGGUUUGAAUAUUGCCCUUUAAUAUCGAGUUUGGGGUGUAAGAAUAUCCUGGGUCCUGUGUGCCCUAUCCCCCCCCCAUGACCUAAGUAGUCCCUAUUCUUAGAUCCCUCACCAAGCUCCCUAAUUUUCACAUGUGUUGACACACACACACACACAC